CUGUGGGAGGCUGUUUCCUGUCAAACUCAUCCCAUUAACCUUGCUUACAAUUCUAACCACAUGCCUCCUCGUUCUGAGUCUUCGUUACACUUCCUCUCUCCUGCUGUUUCUGUCUGUAUCAUUAUAUGAACAAAAGGAACAAAACAGGCUUGAAAGAAUAGUGUAUUUUCAGGAAAUCAAUGUGAGAGGGAGAAAAAGAAAGUAGGAGAGACAGAAGAGGGGGUAAAGUAUGUUUUGAGCAUUGGCAACUGGCUACUAGGACAGACACAUAAAAAAGAAAAAGGAGAAAGAACGAGAAAAGAGACAGCAGACCAACUACACAAGAUGGCUACAGCCUCUUCUGAUUUAAACGCUGAGGGAUCUUGUCCACCCAUACGUCGACUGCUGCUACUGGGCUUCAAGGGCUCUGGUAAAACCUCCACCCUGCGUACCAUCUUGAGUCAAGAGAAGAACCCAUCCGACCAUUCCUUAACAGAACAGCAACACUGGAUAGAUAUACUCAACUGGAGACUGUUGGUCAUUGACACCCUCGGAUUUCAAAUUGAAACCGAAGACAUCGAUGAGAAAGACUCGGAGAACCAGCCAUCCAUCAUUGACCAGUGUUGUCCAGAGAACCAGCAAUCCAUCAUUGACCAGUGCUCUCCUGGUCCUCACGCUGUGCUGCUUGUGGUUCCCAUCAGUGCACCGUUCACUGAGCUCCACUGGCAAGGUUUGUGGCCCAGAGUCACAGCUCUGGGAGCCGGAAUAUGGCGGCACACCAUGGUCCUGUUUACCUGUGCGGACCAGAUUCCGAAAGACAAGGGUGUGGAGGAAUUCAUUGUGGAUGCAGGGGCAGCGCUACAGAGGCUGGUGGAGAGGUGUGGCUGCAGGUACCAUGCCGUGGACAACAACUUGUCUGACAAGAGCGCACAGGUUGCCGAGCUUUUGCAGAAAGUGGAGGAGAUGGUGCAGGAGAAUCAGGGCUGGUUCUUUGAAAUGGAGAGGCUAAGCAUUUUGUUUGAAGACGAAGAGAUGCAAAGGGAAAGAGAAGAGGAUAGAGGCAACGGAGUGGAGAGGACACCGGCAAUGUUCAGAUCUCCACCAAGAGAGUUACGGGUGCUGUUGGUUGGCUGGCGUGGAGGUGGAAAGAGCUCUGUGGGCAACGUUCUAUUGGGCUGUCAUGUGUUCGGAUCAGGACAGCCAACCGAGGUGUCUGUCCGUCGCCAAGCGUUCGUAGCUGGUCGACGCCUCACGAUAGUUGAUACCCCAGGCUGGGAUUGGUUCUCCGUCCAACGCACACCCAGCAACAUACGAAAAGAAAUCAAACUAGGGGCGGGACUUCUCCAUCCGGGCCCACACGCUCUCUUACUGGUCAUCCCUGUGGUCUCCACCCUCACUCUCAAAAAGAGGCAGGCCAUCAAGAGCCACUUGGAAAUGUUCGGUGAGGAGGCUUGUAUGCACACGCUGGUGCUUUUCUCGUGUGGCGAUUGGCUGUACGACACAUCCAUCGAAGAUCACAUCCAGCGGAACGGAGGUGAGCUUCUGAAACUAAUGAAACAUUGCUGGAACUGUUAUCAUGUGCUGGACUGUACCAAAGCCAGCAAAGACAAGGCCCAGGUGACGGAACUAUUGCAGAAAAUAGAGGAAAUGGUGGCGGAAAAUGCACAGGAACCGUUCUUACCCGUCAAGCUGAACCAAGAACUAGACGAGGAGGAAAACAGUGGAAAAUGCAUCCUGCAUUAAAAGUUAUUUGCACAUUUUCACUUAAAAGGGAAAUAAAGAUGAAAGGGAAAACAAAAUUAUGGAUCCCAAGACAAGCAGUACUUUCAUUCCGCAUCUGUUAAACAUAAGGCUAUGCAAACUAUUUUUAUGUCAUCUUGAGUCUAAUGUUUGUCCAGAAUGUUCUGCUUUACGACAAUGUAUUUUUCAAAAUAGAUAAUACUUUAUUUUCUUCAUCUUUGCUAGAAGCACUUACUAGUGUCAUAUAGAUACCUUUUGUCAAACCUGUUCAAGUCUGGUGAACCAUUGAUAACUAAUAAAAUUACUUUUAUUCAAACCGUGACACUAAAAUCACAUGCAUGAAAUGUUAUGGAUGAGUAUUUGCUAGUAUUACACUACAUGCAUGUUUUACUACAGACCACAUGACAAAAACAAUCAUGUGACCACUAACAUCAUAUGCCAACUGAAAUUCUGUAUAUAGCUUCUGGAUUUUAGAGUACAUGACUAUCAUUUAUAGAUUGAACAGAAUUUAACAUGCAUCUUAACAUUCAGGAUUUUCUUUUUGUAUUUUAUGACUGAUAAGCAAUAUGUAAUGGCUGUGACGGUAGCAGUAUAUUCUGCCUUAUCAGAUAUAUAAUUAUCAAUUCAUUUUCAUUGUGACUGUUACUAUUGCCUAGUAAUAUUCAUCUACUAAAACAAAUAUUGCUGCAAUAUAACUUGCUCUGUGAAGACAAGAGCCAUGAAAAGGAUGUAUGGAGUGAAGUUGCUUCACAGCAUAUUUUAAUAUAAAUAAUAAAGUUUUACAAUAAAAA